AUAAAUAUUAUAAUUAAAUUCUUAUCGGGUAUUAUAAAAAAUUUGUUAUUAGUUAAAUUCGAAAUAUAUAGAGUGUUAAAAUCAAUUUUUCUUCGUAAUAUUUGAAUCCGCUGACAUUUUAUUUUAUUCUAAGACUGUUAAAAUAGGCAGCAAAAAUUGAAGGUACGUGGGAUUGGUGUUCUCCUCCUGUACAUCUCCUUUCAUCCCUUGGUGCACGGUCAACUGCAUUUCAUAUGGGUCCUAUAGAAACUGAUUCACCUUUGCCUAAUAGGCUAACACACGUCUCAGAUAAACAUCCAAGAUGUAUGUUAGCCGAGUUCAGUUCAAUGCGUCGCCAUCGAGAAUUAUGUGAUGUUGUCCUCAAUAUUAACAAUCGUAAAAUAUUCGCUCAUCGUAAUAUUUUAUCUGCAUGUAGUCCAUACUUUAGGGCAAUGUUUAAUGGAGACUUAGCCGAAUCUCGACAAACAGAAGUUACUAUACGUGAUAUGGAUGAAAUAGCUAUGGAACUAUUAAUAGAAUUUUGUUAUUCUGCUCGAAUUACAGUGGAAGAAUCAAAUGUUCAAACUCUUCUUCCAGCUGCUUGUUUAUUGCAAUUGACUGAAAUUCAGGAUAUUUGCUGCGAAUUUUUAAGAAGGCAACUUGAUCCUUCAAAUUGUCUUGGCAUCAGAGCAUUUGCUGACACACAUUCUUGUCUUGAUUUAUUACGUGUAGCUGAUAAAUAUACUCAGCAUAAUUUUCAAGAAGUUAUGGAAAGUGAGGAAUUCCUUCUUCUUCCUGUUACACAACUGAUUGAUUUAAUUGCCAGUGAUGAACUUAAUGUCAGAACAGAGGAACAAGUAUUUAAUGCAGCAAUGUCUUGGGUCAAGUAUAACAUAUCUGAGCGACGACAGAAUCUCCCCCAGGUACUUCAACAUGUAAGACUACCUUUAUUAAGUCCUAAAUUUUUAGUUGGCACUGUAGGAGCUGAUUUAUUAGUUCGUAGUGAUGAAACUUGUAGAGAUCUUGUUGAUGAAGCUAAAAACUAUUUACUUUUACCACAAGAACGACCUUUAAUGCAAGGACCUCGAACUAGACCUCGUAAACCUACUCAAAGAGGUCAACUUUUAUUUGCUGUUGGUGGAUGGUGCAGUGGAGAUGCUAUAGCUUCAGUUGAACGUUACGAUCCUCAAACAGAGGAUUGGAAGCUACAGGCACAAAUGAGUAAAAGGAGAUGUGGAGUUGGAGUAGCUGUACUUAAUGAUUUAUUAUAUGCAGUUGGUGGACAUGAUGGUCAGUCUUACCUUAACAGUAUUGAAAGAUAUGAUCCACAAACAAAUCAAUGGUCUUGUGAUGUGGCUCCUACAACAUCAUGUCGCACAAGUGUUGGCGUUGCUGUUUUAGAUGGUUUGCUGUAUGCAGUAGGUGGUCAAGAUGGUGUGCAAUGUUUGAGCCAUGUUGAACGUUAUGAUCCUAAAGAAAAUAAAUGGAGCAAAGUAGCCCCAAUGACUACUAGAAGGUUAGGUGUUGCAGUUGCAGUAUUAGGAGGAUAUUUAUAUGCAAUUGGUGGUUCAGAUGGUCAAUCUCCUUUAAGUUCUGUUGAACGUUAUGAUCCAAGACAAAACAAAUGGACUGUAAUGGCACCAAUGUCAACGAGAAGAAAACAUUUAGGAUGUGCUGUUUAUAAAGACAUGAUAUAUGCAGUUGGAGGCCGUGAUGAUUGUAUGGAGCUAAGCAGUGCAGAAAGAUAUAAUCCUCAUACAAAUGCAUGGUCUCCGAUAGUUGCUAUGACAUCUCGUAGAAGUGGAGUAGGUUUAGCUGUAGUUAAUGGACAGUUGUAUGCAGUUGGAGGGUUUGAUGGAACAGCAUAUUUAAAAACUAUUGAAGUAUAUGAUCAGAGUCAAAAUCAGUGGCGAUUAUGUGGUACAAUGAAUUACAGACGACUUGGAGGUGGUGUUGGAGUAAUGAGAUCACCACAAACUGAUAACAAUUUUUAAAAUAUUACCAAAACUAAACUUGUUUAUUUUAUAUUGAUUUAUUAGAGUAAUUGUUUUUAUAAACUGCCUUAAAUUAGAAUAUAUUUCAGUAUAUUGCUUUGUAUAGCAACAAAAACUACCAGAAUGUAUUCUAAUUUUAGGCAUACUUUAUUUUUAACGUGCUAUAGUAGAAACUUUAUUUAAAAUAAAAAUG